AUGGAGGAGAAAAAGUUCGAGGCGACCACCGUACAGGCUGGCGUCGACACUCCCCCAGCCUAUGGCGACUCAUCUGCAACACGCGGAGGCAUAGGCCAACGGAUCCUGGACAGUUUCAAGAGAGACCCCAACUUUACCGUCAGUGGCCAUGCUGGAUCUGAUGGCAAUGGCUUCGAUAUCGAGACUGCCGCCCACAACACUGCGAACUCCCCGCUGCAGCGUCGCUUGAAGGGUCGCCAUCUGCAGAUGAUUGCUAUUGGUGGUUCUAUUGGUACCGGUCUCUUCGUUGGUUCUGGAAAGGUUUUAUCCGUCGGUGGUCCAGCCUCAGUGCUGAUUGCCUACAUUUUGAUUGGAUGCAUGCUUUACUGUACAGUUCACGCCUUGGGUGAAAUGGCAGUUCUUUUCCCCGUUGCCGGUUCUUUCGCCCAUUACUCAACUCGUUUCAUCGAUCCUGCCUGGGGUUUUGCCAUGGGUUGGAAUUACGCCCUUCAAUGGCUCAUUGUUCUACCCUUGGAGAUUGUCGCUGCGUCUAUCACAGUCGACUAUUGGAACUCAGAUGUUUCAAAUGCCGCCUGGGUAACGAUCUUCUGGGUUGUAAUUGUCUCAAUUAACAUGUUCGGUGUCCGAGGAUAUGGUGAAGCCGAAUUUGUCUUCUCCAUCAUCAAGGUCAUUGCCGUUAUUGGUUUCAUCAUUCUUGGAAUCGUCCUUAACUGCGGUGGUGGCCCCGAAGGUGGAUAUAUCGGCGCUAAGUACUGGUACGACCCAGGUGCUUUCCAUAACGGCUUCAAGGGUCUCUGCAGUGUCUUUGUCAAUGCUGCCUUUGCCUUCGCCGGAACCGAACUUGUUGGUCUUGCCGCCGCCGAAACCACCAACCCUCGCAAGUCCCUUCCCACCGCUGUUAAGCAGGUCUUCUGGCGUAUUGCGCUCUUCUAUGUGGUUUCCCUUACCGUUGUCGGCAUGUUGGUGAGAUAUGAUGACCCGAAACUUUUGAGCGGUUCCUCCUCCGCCGAUGCCAAGGCCUCUCCUUUCGUCAUUGCCAUUGAGAACGCAGGAAUCAAAGCUCUGCCUUCGAUCAUGAACGUCGUUAUCAUGAUUGCGGUCUUGUCUGUCGGUAACUCCUCCGUCUACGGAUCCUCGCGUACACUUGCUGCCCUUGCCGAGCAGGGUCAGGCUCCCAAGUUCCUUGCAUACAUCGAUCGCAAGGGUCGUCCUCUACCCGCUAUUAUCCUUGCAUCUGUCCUGGGUCUGCUUUCCUACCUCGCCGCCUCGAAUAAGCAGACCGAUGCCUUCAACUGGAUGAUGGCCAUCUCGGGUCUGUCAUCUAUUUUCACUUGGGGUUCCGUUUGUGGUGCCCAUAUCCUCUUCCGUCGCGCGUGGAAGCAACAGGGCCACACCCUGGACGAGCUGGCUUUCCGUUCUCAACCCGGAGUUAUUGGCUCGUGGAUCGGUCUCAUUUUCAACUGUCUCGUGCUGAUUGCCCAGUUCUGGGUUGGCUUCGCCCCCAUUGGUUAUGGAGAGAUGUCCCCCGGAGAGAUUGCAAACAGCUUCUUCUCUGUCUACUUGGCCGCCCCCGUUGUUUUGGUUUGCUACAUCGUUUAUAAGAUCAUGUACAAGACCAAGUUUGUUCGCACCUCCGAGGUGGAUUUGGUCACCGGUCGUCGCGACCUUGAUAUCCAGCAUUUGAUUGAGCAGGAGAUGGCCGAGCAAAAACAAUGGCCCAAAUGGAAGAAGGCUUACAAGUUCUUCUGUUAA